UCCUCCACCUCCUCCUCCCGCUCCUGCUCGCUCGGGCUCCGGCUCCGGCGCCGGCUCCAGCUCCUCCCGGCCGCCCGGGGCCAGGGCGACGUGAGGUUGUAAAAAUCCAUGUGGGACGGCCCCGGGGCGAGCAUCGGAAAGGUCUCUAUUUGGAGUCAUUUUCUGGUACAGACGGUGAAAAAUAUGCAGUGAAAAUUCAGGCCAAUAGUGGAAAUACUGGCUUACCUCCCAACUUAGUAUAGCAUUCCUUCUCUUCAGUAGCACCUCAUAAUAGAAGAAAAAUGUAUGGAAGUGCAAGAACAAUCACCAAUCUGGAAGGUAGCCCUUCCAGAUCUCCUCGUUUGCCAAGGUCUCCUCGUUUGGGCCACAGAAGAACAAGCAGUGGGGGAGGUGGAGGAACAGGCAAGACACUGUCCAUGGAGAAUAUCCAGUCCCUUAAUGCAGCUUAUGCUACUUCUGGACCCAUGUAUCUGAGUGAUCAUGAGGGGGUGGCUUCGACAACUUACCCAAAGGGCACCAUGACUCUGGGAAGGGCCACAAAUAGAGCUGUGUAUGGAGGCCGAGUCACAGCCAUGGGGAGUAGUCCCAAUAUUGCUUCUGCUGGACUUUCCCACACAGAUGUUCUUUCAUACACGGAUCAACAUGGUGGUCUGACAAGCUCGUCUCAUCAUCACCACCACCAGGUCCCCUCCAUGUUGAGGCAGGUAAGGGAUAGCACAAUGUUAGACCUUCAAGCCCAGCUCAAGGAACUUCAGAGAGAGAAUGACCUCCUCCGGAAAGAGCUAGACAUCAAGGACAGCAAGUUGGGAUCUUCCAUGAACAGUAUCAAGACCUUCUGGAGCCCUGAGCUCAAGAAGGAGAGAGUCUUGAGGAAAGAAGAGGCAGCCCGAAUGUCUGUCCUCAAGGAGCAGAUGAGGGUUUCCCAUGAAGAAAAUCAGCAUCUGCAGUUGACAAUCCAAGCCCUUCAGGAUGAGCUUCGAACCCAGAGAGACCUCAAUCACCUCCUGCAGCAAGAGAGUGGCAACCGUGGAGCCGAGCACUUCACCAUUGAGCUGACUGAAGAGAACUUCCGGCGGCUCCAAGCUGAGCAUGACAGACAAGCUAAGGAGCUGUUCCUUUUAAGGAAGACCUUGGAGGAAAUGGAGUUGAGAAUUGAAACACAGAAACAGACCCUCAACGCCCGAGACGAGUCUAUUAAAAAGCUUCUCGAGAUGUUGCAAAGUAAAGGUUUGCCUUCUAAAAGUCUUGAGGAUGACAAUGAGCGGACACGGCGGAUGGCAGAGGCUGAGUCUCAAGUCAGCCACUUGGAAGUGAUUUUAGAUCAGAAAGAAAAGGAAAACAUACAUCUUAGAGAGGAAUUGCACCGAAGAAGCCAACUUCAGCCGGAGCCAGCCAAGACGAAGGCUCUCCAGACUGUCAUUGAAAUGAAGGGAGCUCCAAGUUUUAACUUUGAUCCCGAUUUGCUCUGGCAGGACACAAAAAUUGCUUCAUUAGAGCGAAACAUAAGGGAUCUGGAGGAUGAGAUCCAGAUGCUAAAAGCCAAUGGUGUGCUGAACACUGAGGACCGUGAAGAAGAGAUCAAACAAAUAGAGGUUUACAAAAGUCACUCCAAGUUCAUGAAAACCAAGAUUGAUCAGCUGAAGCAGGAGCUUUCAAAGAAGGAGUCAGAACUUCUUGCCUUACAAACAAAGCUUGAAACUCUUAGCAAUCAAAAUUCAGAUUGCAAGCAACACAUUGAAGUGCUUAAAGAGUCGCUUACUGCCAAAGAACAGAGGGCUGCCAUCCUUCAGACUGAGGUAGAUGCACUGAGAUUACGCCUGGAAGAGAAAGAGUCUUUUCUCAAUAAAAAAACAAAACAGCUGCAGGACCUCACAGAAGAGAAAGGGACACUGGCUGGAGAGAUUCGAGACAUGAAAGAUAUGUUAGAAGUGAAGGAAAGAAAAAUCAAUGUUCUUCAGAAGAAGAUUGAAAACUUGCAAGAACAGCUUAGGGAUAAAGACAAGCAACUAACCAAUCUGAAAGACAGAGUAAAGUCCUUGCAGACAGAUUCUAGUAACACGGAUACUGCACUAGCAACACUAGAAGAGGCUUUGUCAGAAAAGGAGAGAAUAAUUGAGCGUUUGAAAGAACAGCGGGAGAGAGAUGAUCGAGAAAGAUUAGAAGAAAUAGAAUCUUUCCGAAAAGAGAACAAAGACCUGAAAGAGAAGGUCAAUGCUUUACAAGCUGAACUGACUGAAAAAGAGUCUAGUUUAAUUGACCUCAAGGAACAUGCAUCUUCAUUAGCCUCAGCAGGACUGAAAAGGGACUCCAAAUUAAAAUCUCUGGAAAUAGCCAUUGAACAAAAGAAAGAAGAAUGUAGCAAAUUGGAAGCACAGUUAAAAAAGCAAGCUGAGCAGUUGUUCAAUCAGAUGUACAACCCAGCUCAUAAUAUUGAAGAUGACUCCAGGAUGAACCCUGAGUUUGCAGACCGGAUAAAACAACUUGAUAAAGAGGCAUCUUACUACCGUGAUGAGUGUGGCAAGGCCCAAGCGGAAGUCGACCGGUUGCUGGAGAUCCUCAAGGAGGUGGAGAAUGAAAAGAAUGACAAGGACAAGAAGAUUGCAGAACUUGAGAGCUUGACUCUCAGGCACAUGAAGGAUCAGAAUAAAAAGGUGGCCAACCUCAAGCACAACCAACAGUUGGAAAAGAAGAAGAAUGCCCAGUUACUGGAAGAAGUCCGCAGGCGAGAAGAUAGCAUGGCUGAUAACUCACAGCACUUGCAGAUAGAGGAACUGAUGAAUGCAUUGGAGAAGACCAGACAGGAACUAGAUGCCACCAAGGCACGCCUAGCCUCCACACAGCAGUCCCUGGCUGAAAAAGAAGCCCAUUUGGCUAACCUCCGAAUAGAAAGGAGAAAACAACUGGAGGAGAUCCUGGAGAUGAAACAAGAAGCACUGCUUGCAGCAAUCAGUGAAAAAGAUGCAAAUAUUGCCUUGCUGGAAUUGUCUGCUUCCAAAAAGAAAAAGACACAGGAAGAAGUCAUGGCUCUCAAGCGGGAAAAAGAUCGACUCGUGCAUCAGUUAAAGCAGCAGGUAUAUAGACCUAGGAAACAGCCCCUGAGCUCGAAUAUACCAUGCACUUGUGAUGCUGGCUACAGCCCAGAUAUUACGGCCAAGUACCACGGGUCCAGCUACGAUGCAUACAUGAUCCAAAGGUCUCAGACCCAGAACAGAAUGAAGCUGAUGGCAGACAACUAUGAUGAGGACCACCACCAUUACCACCACCACCACCACCACCACCACCACCGAUCUCCUGGGAGGCCACAACAUUCCAAUCACAGGCCCUCUCCCGACCAGCUAUCAGAAGAGCAGACUAAAGGGGAAACGCAGCUCUGCAGCAACAUUCUGAUAAUCUACUGCAGCGUGGCUCACGUCACUGGCCAUCGCCACCUGGAACGCUCAUCAGGCCUGGAAGAGGAGCUUUCAUUUCCAUUAUGGCGCACAGUUCUGUUCGACUUGAUAUUUCCUUCAUCAUCUCAUGCCAUUCCUCAUGGAUUCAGAUAUGUUGGACAGGAAGAAAGAGGAGGAGGAGAAACAUGACAGACCCUCCUUUUUGUCAGGAUUUGGGCAUUUAAAACGUGAUCAUCUCUUCUGAAGGUCAUUAUUUUAUUUGAUAAAUUUUAUUUAUGUUACUUAAACAUCGUUGGAUACAUUUGAGCUCCAUGGGAUUUUAGCUGUGGAGUCUGCUUCUGUUGGACAACUAGCUUCACCUCCAGUAUUUCUGCUGGUUCCGCUUAAGUGGUCAUUCCUAAUGCGUUAGAUUAUCAAAAAGUGUAAAUCCUGUGCGUGAGUGGUGUUGGCAGUGUUUGUAUACCAAGAUGCAUGGAGCGUUUGACAAAGAAAGCAAAACACCAAAAACGGCGAGCCUUUACCCUCCUCUAUUUCUUUAAUCCGCUGUUUGAAGAACCGCGUUUUGAUGGUGUAACCAGUAGUUACCUCUGGGCCAGGUUGGAAAUGAAAUCAAUUUUUUAAACCACUAAUACUUGCCAAGAAAUCGCCUUACGAGAACAUGGUGUGUGUCUUUGACAAUGCAUGGCACAUCUAAAUUGAUCUUUCGUAAUUUUAUCUGCCCCGGUUUUGUACCGGAGAGUGGCAAAAGCCUGAGGCACCUACAUAUUUCUAUUCCGUGUGUUCCACACAUCUCCAUGGCUGGGAUAAGCCCAAGCCUCAGACUCUUCCCAUUCCCGUACAUGCAGGUCUCCAUGAAGAAGCUGGGACUCAUUCACAUUUCAAGAUCCAAAUGCUGUGCAAACAGUGUAAGCUUGAAGGGUCAUUUCUCAUUUUUUAAAAAAUGUCUCCAACGUGGAUUCCAAAGCAUUUUCAGCAUCCAACAUGAAAGCAUUGAUGAAUGAGGAAUAAUCACAAAAGCUGUGUAUCUGUAUAUAGCUCUACACAACAUGUCUGUGGGUACAGCGUCAUUAUUUAAAGCACAUGCCAGGGAAAGAGACCAAAUUUUAAGGUCUUUUACAUACAGUGACAUGGUACUAAGGAGAAUUUAACUCCUACUGCUUCCUCUGAAGAUUAAAAAAUAACUAAAGUUGUUACAACUUCAUAAAACUCAUGACCAGUCUGGCAAAUAUGUGCAACUCUCGUAUCGAUCCACUUUCUCGUCAAUGGAAGAAACCCUUCCACAUGUAUGCAAGUGGGAAAUGAAAAUCUACAUUCUUAAAAGGAUAAACAGUGAAGUUAAGCAUGAGUGGCCUUAAUAAAUACAGUUGUCUUUCUUUGCUGCUGUGGAAAGGAUUCUACACAGGUGUUCCUGAAGUCUUGCAUUGCAUUCAGUCGUUAUUAUUACUUUUCCAAGUGUUGGUGCAAUUAACUCUGGACCUCUCCCGUGAGCCAUAGAGGUAUUUAAAAGACAGACACCUUACUUGUCGGGGAACAUGAAUCUGUGUCUGACUUGCACUGUUCAUCCUUGGUGCAUUAGGAGUAAUAUAUUCAAGCAGGUUUCUCGCUUCUGGCUUUGUUCUUGUCGUCAGUAAGUAUAGCGAACUAUGUAAAGCUUUUGUGUUGCAUAAACAAUCCAAAUACAUUCACGUUUAAAAAGUUUGUCCUUUAACUAUCAAAGGGACUUAGGUUUCCGUUGGAGAAAUGAGCAGAGUUCUUUGCAAGCACAUGGAGCACAUUUCGAAAUCAGGUCGCACUGCAAACCCAGGCCGCAAGUGCGUCCCCGUGAACAAUUUGGAUGUCCUCAGGUAGGCGGCCCCCACUGCCUCCUACAGCGGGAUCCUCACCUGAACUCUGCAACUGAAUACUUGAAGUAGGAAGUAGGAGAUCCACAAGGGAAAUUAGGGUCCUCAAAGCAGAAAAAGCAACCAAUCGUGUAUAGUUAGCGAUUUCUAAGUACGUGCCAAUUCUGUCACAGCUGUUGUUUUGGGGGAUCAUUUUUUUGCCCCACUUUUGUUGGAUUAAAGUAUUAUCAACCUUACCAUUAGGGGGCAUCUUCUUUAGCCCCCUAGAAAUUCAAUCCCGUCAAACAUAGCGUCUUUUCCCAUCUCAUGUACCUAUUCUCCGAUGUUGGGGGGAGGGUUACCAAAAAAAUUUCCUUUUCACAUCUUAAAAACAGUCUCUGGGUUUACAACAAACACUGUGAUGUCGGGAAGAUAUUUCCUUUGCGCAAACGUUAGCAGGCACCCCUCUAAUCAUAACGAAGUUGAAAAAAAAGUUGAGGCUGACAUUUAGGAGAAGUUGGUCUUCUCUCUGUGCAAAAGCAGGCUUGUACCUUAUACCCCAUUUGAUUUUGAUGUACAGUCUCAAUUUUGUAUUUAAUGAUUUUUGUGUAUCCAGUAUGCACGUUAACAGCGUGUCAACUUUCAUUUGAAAGUGGGUUUCCAUUUACUUUUUAAACAGUGUUUCUGAUGAGACCUCCAACGUGUUGUCAUAAGCUCUAUCUGAGAUGUUUUUGUGUAGAGUGGCGUUUGAAUGCUGCCAGGGGUCAGUGUAUCUAAUUCCCAGAGACCCUCGUUUGAUAGUGCUUCUUGUAAUUUUUCUUCAAGUGAGUGGCAUGUGGGUUGUGAAUAUUGACCAUGUGAUUAUGGACUUCGAUAUGAAAACAAUAAAUAAAACUAAGGAACCCUCAGAAACUACCAGUGGGCAUGUAUUAGCCAGUCAUCGUAACCUCGUGUCUAGUAGAACAACAUACAAGGUAUGUACAGUUCAUAAAUUUGUUAUCAUGUGUAUGAGAAGUACUUUGUGCUGAUCGCCUUAUUUAUAUUCAUCAAAUAAACUUUGUUUCUUUCUGAA